AUGUGCAUAACUGCACAUUUCAUUGACAGUGAGUGGAAGCUCCAAAAGAAAAUCAUUUCAUUUGUUCCUAUCUAUUCCCACAAUGGUGAAAGUAUUGAAAAGGCUUUAGAAAGUUGUCUUAUAGACUGGGGUCUAAAAUCAGUUUUCAGUGUCACAGUUGAUAAUGCUUCUAGCAAUGAUACUGCCCUAGGAUUCUUAAAGAAAAAGUUUGUGUCAUGGGGUUGUACUGCUGUUAGGAGUAAGUACUUGCACAUGAGGUGCAUUGCUCACAUCCUUAACUUGGUGGUACAGGAUGGGUUGAAAGAAUCUGAUAGUGAUGUUAAAAAAGUGAGGGAUGCUGUUAGGUAUGUGAGAAGCUCACCUGCUAGGCUUCAAAGAUUUAGGGAGCUAGCUGAUGUAAUGGGGGUGGAAGCCAAGAAGUCUUUGUGUCUUGAUGUUCUUACAAGGUGGAACUCCACCUAUAUGAUGCUGAGUGCUGCUUUGUUGUAUGAGAAAGUCUUUGAAGAGUAUGCAAGCUCAGACAGUGGAUUUAAAUCUGAUUUGGGUGAGAAUAAUAUACCUAACUUCAUGGAUUGGGAAACCAUUUCUGGUUUGGUACAGAUUCUAAAAUCUUUUUAUGAAAUGACUUUUAGAAUUUCUGGUUCACUGUAUGUGACUUCUAAUACUUUUUUCUCUGAGAUUUCUGAUCUGUCUUGCUUGUUAAGUAAUAUGGUGGAAGCUGAUGGCAGUGUUAAAGUGAUGGAUACAAAUAUGAGGGCAAAGUUUGAUAAGUAUUGGGGUGAGCCUGAAAAAAUGAACUUUCUCAUAUUCUAUGCAAAUAUCUUAAACCCCAGGGACAAAAUAGAAUAUAUGCCCAUUCAGUUUACCCAGUUAUAUGGUGAGGACAAAGGUAAAACAAUGUUUCAUAAGGUUGUUGCUGGCCUUAAGGAGUUAUUUCAAGAUUAUGUCUCCUGUUUUCCUGCCCAGUCUGUUCCUGAAAAUUCUGCCAAGUCAGCCUCUUCAGUUAUAAUUUCUGAUUGUGUUUCUGUUGGGAAACCUCAAGCAUUAUUGAAAUCCCAGAUUAAGAAACAAAAAUUGGGUACUGGUGAUUUGUCAAUGAAAAAAACAGAGUUGGAGGUGUAUUUGUCUGAGGUCAUUGUGGAUGAUGAUGAAUCUUUUGACCUUCUAAGAUGGUGGAAGCUGAAUUCUGAUAGGUUCCAUGUGUUAUCUAAAAUGGCAAGGGAUGUACUUGCUGUUCCAAUCUCUACUGUUGCAUCUGAAUCAGCAUUCAGUACCAUUGGGAGAGUACUAGAUGCCUUUAGGAGUUCCCUAACUCCUAAGAUUGUUGAGGCACUUGUGUGUGCACAGGAUUGGUUGAGGUUAGCCAAUCAACCAAUCACUGUUGAAGAAAAUAUUGAAGAUGUUGAAAGGAUUGAAAAAGAGUUGUGCAGCACAUCCACCACUGGAGUUGGAUUAUUGCCUACAAUACCUGUAUGUGUUACAGUGUAUGUGUAUCAAAUAUCAAUGUCCCUCAGGCCCUCAUUCCUUGGCUGUGCAAUGGAAUUGGAAAGUGUUCAAUGGCUUGGUGACAUUUUAAAUGUUGCUGCCAUUGAGCAUUUGGCACUUGAAUGA